AUGAGCGAGGGCAGAGAGGCGUCCUCCCUGGGCAUGAUGGACUCGGCCUUCUUCGUGAGCCGAAAGGAGCUCAUCGAGUGGGUGAACAGGACGCUAAAGCUGAACGUAACCAAAAUCGAGCAGUGCUCCAACGGCGCCAUCUACACGCAGCUGCUGGACAUCCUGUUCCCCAACAAGUCAGUCCUCCACAAAGUGAAAUGGAAUGCCAAGCUGGAAUACGAGUGUAUAAUAAACUACAAACUCAUUCAAAACGUUUUCAACAAACUAGGCAUUAAAAAACAUAUGGACAUAGAUAAACUGAUUAGGGGAAAGUAUCAAGACAAUUUAGAAUUCCUCCAGUGGUUUAAAGCUUUUUUCGAGCGUAUCAUCGACUAUAACAAUGAAAAUGUAAUUAACUAUGACCCCCUGGAGCGCCGAAAAAUGUGCGUCCUUGGAGAUAGGGGGGACUACAAGUUACUAAACAGUUAUUUGCCUGAUUGGGCUAAAGUGGACAUGCACAAUGGGAAAGAAAAAGUGAGGCACAACGAAAAUAGGGCUUGUUCUAAUGGUUCCAAACGGAACAAUGACUUCAGGUCCAGUGUCAAUCAGGAUAACGUCACCUGCAGUGUGGCCACCCGUGCAGCCACCACCUCCAGUAACAACAGCAGCGCUGCUAACUUGUGUCAACCUCACGCCGGGAGGAAGAUUAUGAAGACGGAGAAGCGGUCCGCAUGGCUCUCCAUGGCUGGCGAUAACAAUGUGGGUUUGCUUUCGUGCAAGGAGGUUCACGAUUCUAAGAGGCACCCCAGCGGGGCAUCGCAUCAGGGGGCAACACAUCAGGGGGCAUCACACCAGGGGGCAACACAUCAGGGGGCAUCACACCAGGGGGCAACACAUCAGGGGAUGACCCACCUGGGAAACCACCUCCCCGCGACCACCUCCACGAACAAGCGGCUGUCCGUCUCGGCCAAGCUCUCCGCCUCAGCCAAGCUCUCCUCGCGAGGCUCGCUCUCCUCUUCGACGUACUAUCACCCCAGCAAAAAUAACCCCCACGUGGAGAACCACAAAGAUGCCCUCUCCCUAAACGAACAAAAUAGAAAGUUCAAAAUACAGUUGGAAAAAAAAAACAGCGAAAUUGUCUCAUUACAGGAUAAAUUAAAAGCUCAGGAAAAGGAGAAAAAACUUUUGCUUUUCCAAAAAAAUUUCUACUACAACAAGUUGAGGUUUCUCGAGCUGCUCUGCAACCAGACGGAUGACGACUCUCUGCUGGUCAGCGACAUUCAGCACAUCAUCUAUGCGCGCGAGAAUACGUACUUUCACCAGACUAUAUCGCUGGGGGGGAAGGGCAGCGGGGACGGGGUGGAGCCCAGCGAAGUGGCACCCAGCGAAGCGGACCCAAAUGAGGUGGACCCAAAUGAAGUGUACCCAAAUGAGGUGGACCCAAAUGAGGUGUACCCAAAUGAAGUGGACCCAAAUGAGGUGUACCCAAAUGAAGUGGACGCAGCCCAUUCGGGAAAAGCGACCCACUCGGGGGACGCCUACGCCGAGACGGAUAAUGAAGCCCCCCUGCCGCACGCCCAUGAUCGCUACAACGCGCACGACUUCCCCGAGCAGACGGACUCCAUACACAACGGAGAGGUGGAGCAGUACGGGGGGCAGUACAACAACCAGGGGUCGAUGGACUUCCCUGCAUACUGCUCCUAG